GCGUGCGGCGAGACACCCAUGUGACAGCUGGGAAUUUAACCCGUAAAACAUGCUGGAUGACAGCCGCAUGCACAACGUUAAUUGUCUCGUAUCAUCAGUGUAGCGUAGCGGUGGGUUGCAACAGCGCCACUGAACACUCAUUAUGUAAACCUACAACCCCUCGUGUAAAUAUUUCCCCUCAUGAAAUUGUGCCUGUAGCUUGAUCCCCACCCCUUCAGUUGAUCGGUGUCACCGACGAAGGCGCACACAGGAGGUCCCCAGUCCCCCGUGGUCUUUGACAAAUUCACGGCGCACGCGUUUCGCCUCUGCUACCCAGUUUGGAGGAACUGUACGGACUCCUACUCAACACACAUGAUGAGCACUUACAGCCUGUCAUCUCAGUUAUCUUUAACAGUCACACAACAUCCAUAUUAACGGGUUGUGGACAAUUGAUCAAGGACUUUAGUUACUGAAUGAGUAUCGCUUCACACCGUCCCAGAAUGACACAGUUACAGAAGCUGAUCUUCUCACCACAGCUUACUGUGUUUCAACACAGGCAGUGGACUUUAAGUGGCUCCCUGCAAAUUAUUUUCUGUUUGAUGACAAUCUUCGGAAGGCGUGGAACUGCAACACAAGAGCUUGGACAAGAGUGCCCGCCAUCGAAAGUCAUCACAUCAUCCUACGACUGUCGCAAAUGGGACGGGAGCGUCGGAAGGUGUACAAAAAAAACAUGUUGCUCUGGCUACCAGUUUGCUGAUGGUCGCUGUGUUCUAAUAGAAUUUGAUGUAUGCGCAAGUGCACCAUGCGAGCAGCGGUGCUCCGAUGACUUUGGACGUGCCCAUUGUACAUGUUACCAUGGAUACGAACUGAAUAAGGAAAAGUUCCGCAUCCGAGAACAUCCUUAUUGUGAAGAUGUCAACGAAUGUAACAAUAACAAUGGAGGCUGCCAUCAUUUCUGUAAUAAUACCGCAGGGAGCUUUUAUUGUUCUUGUCGUCAUAGCUACCAAAUAGGGGAUGACGGGAAAACGUGUGCGUUGGCGGAAGCAGUAAAUGGUUCAGAUCACAAGAGAGACGCUGAACCGGAUGGGCCAUUCGCGAAUGGGCGAUGUUCCACCAGCUGCAAUCAACUCCAGUCUUUCAAAGAUUCCAUAUUGAAAGUACAAGCCAAGAUUGCCGUUUUAGAAGGCAGAUUACCUCAACCUCCCACUCUAUCCAGUGAAGUACUUCUACAUGUUAACAGUAAUCAGCAGAUGCCUCUACAGCCCAGUCAGAGGGCCAAGGGAGAGAAAGGCGAACCAGGAGCAGGCAUGCCCGGCCCUAAGGGUUUGCCCGGUUUACCCGGUAGACCUGGUGCGAAGGGUGACAGAGGAGCACGGGGGUUACACGGCACUCACGGCCCGCCUGGUCUAACUGGAGCUCCCGGUAGACAUGGAGCCCCGGGCUCUUUGGGUCCCCGGGGAGCGGUUGGACACAAGGGGGACACGGGUCCGCUGGGACCCCGUGGUUUCAACGGGAGACUCGGUCAGACAGGUCUACCGGGAUCUAAAGGGGACAAAGGGUCAUGCGUCGUCGCGAGAGGAAGGGGAUUUAUUGAAUCAUCAGCGGAAGGACCUAAGGGUGACAAGGGGGAAAUUGGUGAACCCGGUCCGAUGGGACUGAUGGGCUCGAGGGGACUGACCGGGAAGAAGGGAGACUUUGGACCGCCGGGACCUCCAGGGCCUCCGGGGCUGUUGAUGGUUGGUGAAGCAAACUUGACCGUGGAUGAGCUAAGUCGCCGAUGGGUAACGGGUCCAAGAGGAGCGACUGGUUCAAGGGGUGAAACUGGCGUACCAGGAGUCCGGGGAGAAAAGGGUGACUCAGGAUCAAGUGAGCUUGUCCUUCUCAUUAUAGCCGAGAUGAAAAAAGACAUUAUCAAACUUCAGAAACGUCUCUUCCAACAAGAAAAUGCGAUCACUUCGUCUAAUAACAACGCUAGCUCAUCAAGCGCCCGCAACGGCUCAAACUCGGCAGAUGACGUCGUUGCCAACGAUCACAAUCAGCAACUGACUUUUACCAGUAGUUCUUACUCUGAGGAGGGGUCAGGAAACUAGACCUUUAUAUUUCCGAAACUUCGUUAAAGGUGUGGGAAGAGGGUUUUCUCACAAUGUUUUAUACUAUCAACCUCUUCCCAUUACUCGUUACCGAGUGGGGUUUUAUGCUGAUAAUUAUUUUGAGUAAUUACCAAUAGUGUCCACUGCCUUUAAAUAAAUCAUUGCACCGUCUUCACUGAGGUACCGUUGCAUCCACAACGAAAGUCAACCUCAGUACCCAUCUUUCUCUCUAAGACUUGUCAGCCAUUUGGUACUUUGCAAGAGUGUUAUGACGGACAUGCACAAAACGAGUGGUUUUCACUCUUCACAAAUAGACCGUUCCAUUAGGCUCCACCCGCGACGCACGUGUGAGCAAGAACACGUGAGACUCUCUAAUGCCUUUCUGCCAUUGAUCUGUACGUAGUACUAUUACACAAAAUAUUGACUGCUUCGAGUGCUAUGGUUAAAACUAUGACUCCCGAGGUGAU